AUGGGGCGCUCUCUCUCUCGGACAACUCUGGCACUCCUUGCCGCGGCCCCCGGGGCCCUGGCUGCGGAUACGGCUGGGUUGUGGACACAGUGCGGUGGCAUUGGAUACACGGGGCCGACAACAUGUGUUUCUGGCGCUUAUUGCAUGGCGUAUAACGACUGGUACCACCAGUGUAUCCCGGGCCAGGCCACGACCACCCCCGCCACAUCCACCACUCUGGCGACGUCGACCCGCACGAGUUCGACCACUAGCGCGGCGUCCAGCACCAGCAGCGCCACGCCUGAUGAUUGCUCGGUGCAGUUCCUCAUUACCUUUGGCGACUCGUACUCCCAGACGGGCUUCGACGUCAAGGGCACCAAGCCCUCCACGAGCAACCCGCUCGGCAACCCCGCGUUGCCCGGAUGGACCGCUAGCGGCGGCUUGAACUGGGUUGGCUUCCUGGCCUCCCAGUACAACCGGUCCACCCUCCUGAGUUACAACUUCGCUUACGGCGGUGCCACCACCAACGCCACCAUUGUCCCUCCUUACGAGCCGACGGUGCUCAGCUUCGUCGACCAGGUCAAGCAGUUCAGCGACAGCAUCGCCAAGAAGCCCAGCUAUGCGCCCUGGGGAGACAAUGCCCUGUUCGGAGUCUGGAUUGGCGUCAACGACGUAGGCAACGCGUGGUGGAAGGAGGACUACGACCAGGUCGUGGAGCAGAUCAUGGCUACCUACUUCGGGCAGCUGCAAAUUCUGUACGAUGCCGGUGCAAGGAACUUUGCCUUGCUCACCGUGCCGCCCAUCCACCGGACCCCGGCGGUUCUCGAAGGAUCCGAGGAUAACCAGAAGGCCGAGGCAGCUGCCAUUGCCAAGUACAACGAUGCCCUGACUGCUGGCCUGGCCGCGUUCAAGACCAAGAACAGCGGCAUCACGUCCAAGAUCAUCGAUACGACUGUCCCGUUCAACACUGCGCUCGACAACCCCACGAAGUACGGCUCGCCCGACGCCACCUGCUUCAACAGCGACGGCAAAUCAUGCCUCUGGUUCAACGACUACCACCCUGGUAUCGAAAUCAACAACCUCGUUGCGAAGGCUGUCUCGGAUGCCUGGAAGGGAAGCUACUUCUAG